UUGAAAUGAAUUUUUUCGGCUAUCUGCUGUUGUUAAAAAAGGAGUUCAUUUAAUAAAUAAAUUCUUUGCAUAACAAAAUGUGUGGGUUUUCACGUGAUCUUUUAUUAAUAAACACCAGGAGCUUAAUUUAAAGGCUUUAUCUGGUAUUUUAAAGAAGCAAGAUGACUAGCUCAGUCAGUACUUUAGAAAGAAUAAAGCGAUCCAGUGAGGAAAAAUCAAACUGUUUACUAUCUUCCAAUAGAAGCCCAGAAAAUACAGAAAGUUCUAUUGGGGAUAAUGACUCUUGGGAUUCUGUAUACAAGCCAACCACAGUGGCUUUCAGAUAUGAAAGCCAACCUGGUAUUAAAAGAUAUGUUCAUUCACUCAAGCAUUUAUUGCCUGUUCGUGUCCGGACUGGUCCAGGAACAUACAUGCCAGUUGAUAUGACAGGAUGUUGUGCCUUCACUUUUUUUUCAUGGAUAACGCCUUUGAUAUGGAGAACUUUUCGAAGAGGAUUAACACAGUCUGAUCUUUAUCAUUGUUCACCAUCUGACAGCUGCCAUAUUAAUGGUGCAAGAUUCUCCACUAUCUGGUCCAGAGAAACUAAAAAAUAUGGCCUUCAAAAAACUUCUCUCUCCCAUGCAUUGUUUCUUUUCAUGAGGACUCGUUACAUUCUUUCUUGUUUGAUGUAUAUUUUAUGUGUAUUUUUUGGAUUCAUUGGACCUGUCAUCUUCAUGAGACUUUUGCUUGUGUACAUACAAACUCCAAAUGCAGAAGAGUAUUAUGGUUUUACAUGGAUGAUUGGGCUUUUGUUUUGUGAAGCUCUCCGCAUAGUGUGCCUUUCUCUUAUGUGGGCUAUCAAUAUAAGGACAGCAAUUAGAGCUUCAUCUGCUGUUUCAGCACUUUUGUACAAAAAAAUAACUUCCUUAAGGUCUGUUUCAAAUGCGUCCACUGGUGAGCUUGUGAACUUGUUUUCUAAUGAUUGUAGGAAAGUUUUUACAAUGGUAUAUAACUUUCCUUUGAUCAUUGGAGGGCCUCUUGUUGUUGUUGGAGCUAUAAUUUUUACUUGGUGGUUGCUGGGUCCCUUUUGUCUUAUUGGCGUAGGCGUGUUUGUAAUUUCUUAUACCUUCCAGUUUGUCAUAUCUUUCAUUUCUGCUCAUUAUCAGAAAAAAACCAUCAAAGCUACUGAUGAACGAGUAUCAAUGAUGUCAGAGUUUUUAUCCAAUGUGAAACUGAUUAAAUUGUAUGCUUGGGAGAAACAUCUGAUUGAGGGAAUUAGAGGUGCUAGAAUUACUGAGAAAAGUUUUGUUGAAAAAGUUCAAUAUCUCCAUUCUUUGAGUUCAUCCAUCGCAUCAAUAACUUCUGUAAUGGCAACAAUUUUCACAAUUUUAGCCUAUACACUCUUUGGUUACGAUAUUACUCCGGCAGAGGCUUUUACAUUGGUUAUGGUUAACUCAAUUGCUAGUCAUGGGAUUCGCACUCUACCUAUGUGUGUUAGAGCUGUGGUGAAUGGAUCCGUAGCACUUACAAGGUUGCAGACUAUUCUUCGCUUAGAAGAAAAAGAAAAUUAUACCGUUGUUCCAAAUCGCUUGGAUGUUGCAGUGAGUGCCUCGAAAGCUACAUUGGACUGGGAACAAAUUGUGCCUACAAUUGUGAUGAAUGGCUUAAAAACUGAUAAAGGACAAGUUAAUUUAAUAGUUGCUGAGAAUGACAAGCAUGCUGGUGAUGACAUUACUUCAAAUACUGCUUUAGUGAAUACUCUUCAGUCAGAAUCAGGUCUCCCACCAGCUCUCACAGAUAUUACUUUCACUUUACAUAGAGGCAAAUUAAUUGGUGUAUGUGGUCCAUAUGCUAGUGGAAAAUCAUCACUUCUUGCAGCGCUUCUUGGACAGAUGAGGCUUUUGAAAGGACAGAUUGCUGUUAGGGGCUCUAUUGCUUAUGUUUCUCAACAACCAUGGAUACUCAAUGCUACAUUACGUGAAAAUAUUCUAUUUGGAAAUCUGUUUAGUUCUAAGAGAUAUUAUGAAGCUGUAUAUGCUUGUGGAUUACCUGAAGACAUUGCAGCAUUGCCUGCUGGCGAUCAAACAGAGCUUGGAGAAACAGGUGCAAACAUUAGUGGUGGCCAGAAACAAAGAAUCAGUUUAGCUAGGGCUCAAUAUGCUGAUAAAGAUUUGUAUCUUUUGGAUGAUCCUUUUUCUGCUGUAGACAACCAGAUAGGAAAGCAUAUAUUUCAGCACUGUAUUAAAGGAGCUUUGAAAGGAAAAAGCAUUUUGCUUGUAACACAUCAAUUGCAGUAUCUUCAAGAAUGUGAUAGCAUAUUAUUUAUGAGAGAUGGUACAAUAGUAGAGCAAGGCACUCAUCAAGAAUUAAUGGCAAAUGACUCUGAAUAUGCAUCAUUGAUUCAGAUGCUGUCCAAAGAUGACAACUUCCGCAAUGAUAUUGUGGAAGAUCGUAAAUCUUUGACUCCUGAAGAAGAAACCACACCAUCUCACAGUCGUUUAAAUUCUCCUACUUUAAGUUCUGUUUCAGAUUUAGAUGAUACUGAUGCCUGUUGUGAUGGCCAGUUAACAGCUGAAGAAAAAACCAAAACUGGCACAAUAUCAUACAAUACUUACAUUAGCUAUAUAGUGGCUGCAGGUGGUUUCAUUGUAUGUUCUUUAGUGAUGAUUUGGUUUAUUCUUCAAGCAGUGUCAGUAGAAUUCAGCAAAUACUGGCUAAGUUACUGGCUCUCUCAAGGUGAUGGGAACAAUACAUUCAAAUCAAUUUAUUCUGUGAAUGUUACUGAAGCUCCUCCUCACUUUGAAGCAAUCAGCAUUUCAGAACAUCCUGAUGUAGAAUACCAUCAACUUGUGUAUGGAUUGAGUGUCAUAGCUAUGUUAGGAGCCAGCUUGAUCUUGGGUUAUUUGUUUACAAAGACGACACUUCGAGCUUCAAGUAGUUUGCAUGACAAACUGUUGCAGAAAGUGAUUCGCAGCCCUAUGCACUUUUUUGACAUCACACCCACUGGAAGAAUUCUUAAUUUGUUUACUCAUGAUGUGGAUGAAAUUGACACCCAGGUACCAUCUGUUAUGGUUAUUCUUCUUCAAAGAUAUUCUUCUCUAGUAUUGGCUCUGUUAUUAGUUGUUAUUGUAUAUCACUGGUUUGCUAUUCCUCUUGUGGUUUUGGGUGCACUUUUCUUGUUUCUCCAAAAACUUUUCAAAGCAACUAUGAGGGAUCUGAAACGAUUUGAAAAUACAUCUCGGUCUCCUGUCUUCGGUCAUGUAGCUGCAACUGUUAAAGGUCUACCUACCAUAAAAGCAUUUGAAAAACAAGAGGAUUUUUUUGACAGAUUUACUCAAUUAGUUGAUAAUCAUGCAUCUCCUCGGUAUCUUUAUUAUUCAUCAAUGAGAUGGUUAGGCAUUCGAAUGGAUCUCUUGUGUCUUCUCAUUACACUGAUAACUAUUUUGUUUGUUCUUUAUCUGAGAGAUCAAGUUAAUCCUGCAUUUGCUGCUCUUGCCCUUGUCCUCGUUCUUCAACUAAGUGGCUUAUAUCAAUACAUUGUGAGAAUUGGAUGUGAAUUAGAGUCAAGAUUUACAUCUGUUGAGAGAAUUCAGACAUAUGUAGAAGACCUAGAAUCGGAAGCGCCUCCUGUCAUUGACAAAAUGAGACCAUCACCGGAUUGGCCAACUAGGGGCCACAUAACCUUCAAAGAUGUGAAAAUGCGCUACAGACCAGGCUUGCCUUUAGUUUUGAAAGGUCUCACUUUUGAAAUUGAACAUCAAGAGAAGAUUGGGAUUGUUGGAAGAUCUGGUGCAGGAAAAUCUUCUUUGGGAGCUGCAUUAUUUCGAUUAGUUGAAUUAUCUUCAGGAACUAUAACAAUUGAUGGAAUCAAUAUUGAAGAACUUGGUUUGGAAGAUUUACGCUCUAGAAUGUCUGUUAUUCCACAAGACCCUGUUUUAUUUCAUGGCAGUAUCAGAUACAAUCUAGACCCUCUGAAUGAAUAUGAAGAUGAAAUAUUGUGGAAAGUACUAGCUGAGGUGGAUAUGAAGUCAAAGAUUUCUGCUCUGGAUGGAGGACUUGAUUCUACUGUUGUUGAAAGUGGAAAUAACUUUUCUGUUGGUGAAAAGCAGUUACUGUGCAUGGCAAGAGCUUUAUUAAGAGAAAGCAAAGUUGUACUUUUAGAUGAAGCUACUGCUUCUUUAGAUAAUGAGACUGACCGAUUUAUUCAAAAAGCAAUCAAUCAGGUGUUUGCUAAUUCAACAGUACUAAUUAUUGCUCAUAGACUGGCAACAGUUGCAAGCUGUGAUAAAGUUAUGGUGCUCUCUGAAGGAAAAAUUGUUGAAUUUGAUCAGCCUACUGUUUUGCUGGCUAAUAAAAACAGCCAUUUCUACAAACUAAUGUCAGCAUCGUCGUCAUCAUCAUACAUUGGUUAAAAAUGAACAUUUUGAUUUUAAUAUUUCAUCGUUCAUAGGAAGAAACAAUGUUUAAACAUGUGCCUACAGUGAAUAUUUAUCUUUUCCAAAUAUUUACUGAGAUUAAAAUACAAAAACUGUACUGAAGUGUUAAAAGUAUUUGGGACUUGUAAGGAUUUUAUUUUUUUAUAUAUCUGCAAUAAUUUAAUGUUAAAGAAAUACAUCCAUUGAUAUUAUUAGUGUUUUAUGUGAAUCAGUAUUUUUCAAUUUCUAAAAUGCAAUUUUUUUUAAUGAAUCAAAAGUAUUUGAAUUGAAAUUGGGUUGGGGUUUAAAAGAGAGAGCAAUGUAUUAACUAUUGUAGUAUGAAUUAAUAAUGUUAACUUUACAAUUUUUUAAUUAAAUCUUAAAUUUUUUGUAAUUUUUAAAUUUUUACUUCGUUUGUAUUUUAAAUUUCAUUCUUUUAGAAAUGCAUAAACGUAUCAGGGUUUUUUUUUUUUUCAAUCUAUCCUAGUGUGUACAUAUAUUUCCAAAUAUAUAUAUUCGUUGUUCUAUAAAUCUGGAAAUAUUAAGUAAAAAAAUUAUAAUAAUUCAUAAAUGUUAUUUCUGAAAUUCCAUAGUAAUAUUUUUGUAUAUAAUAAAAAUAUAUUUGAAAUACAUAUUAUAAACAUUAAGGUGUUUAGCUAUAAUCAAUGAAUUUAAAUAUAAGGUUUUGAAAUUGGCUUGGUUUUUUUAAAGUUUCAUGCUGUAUAUAAAGGCACUUUUUUAUAACUAUUUUAUUAUUAAUGAGAUAUAUAUGUAUAUUAAUGUUGAGGAUUCUGGUUUGGUUUUAAUACUCAGUUGGUUUUCCAUGGAAAGACUGUAUACUUAUUGUGAUAAACUGCUUAACUGCAAAUUAUAUGUUUAAAUAAAUGUAUUUUUAAUAUGCAGAGAAAGUGGAAUUUGUGAAUUGAACUAUUUUAAAUGCCAUAAAAUGACAUAUUUUAUUAUCGUUAUGAAUGAAUUUAUAAUGUCUUGUUAUAUAAAUGUGUAAAACUUUAUUAAAUGUUUUAUGUAUUACUUGUUCUUAAAUUGUGUAUUUGUGAUAGUUAAGGUUUAUAAUGGAAUAAUAAUAGUGUUCUGUUUCUUGUUUAAUGUAGUUUAGUAAGUAUGUAAUUUCAGAUUAGUACAUUCUUUCAAAUGAGACUGAUUAUUUCUUUUAGUUCCAUUAAAAUCACAUUGAUAAUGUGGAACAUUGGUAUUUCUCUUUUAUUUUGAGAAUAAUGAUGGAAAUUCCAUUAUUUAUGUUCUUUUAAAUGAUUUAAAACAUGAAAUUCUGGAAAAAGGGAAUAAUUUAUAAUUGAAAUUAUUAAAAUACUUUGCUAUUUUGAAUUUGUAUCAUACUAUAUUAGACUUGCAAAAAGAAGGCAAUGUUUUGAAAAAAAUCUUUUUUUAUAUAAUAUUUUUAUUACCCUGAAAAUUCAUAUACAUUAUGACAUUGCCAAUGUUUUUAAAUCACUGCUGUAAUAUUUAAUGAAAAUUAAGGUGUUUAUAAGAACAACUAUUAGCGAUUUAAAUGCUGUUAUUUUUUUAAUAUUAAUUUAGUUUAAUAUAUUUUUCAGCUUCUAUUAGUCCAAUCAAUUGCAUAGAAAAUGAGUAACUAUAAUUGUACAUAUUUUGAUCUCAUUCAUUUUAAAUUCAUUUAAAAUGUUUAUAUAAUUAAUUAUAUUAUUCUCAUUUUUAUAUAUGUAUAUAAUAUUUGCAUCUUCAGUUUUUCUAUGAACAAGCACCAAAAUGCAGUAAACAUUUAAAUUAUCUUCCUAACAUAUAUCCUAUUUAAGUAAUAUUUGAAGUAAACUGUCGAUAAUAUUUCUAUUUAAUGAAUAUUUCUUUUUGACUAGGAUACCUUUAAUAAAAGACCCCUUUUUAAAAAAUUGUAUCUAAUAAAUGUAUCUAUUUAGCUAUUCUUUAUUCAUAUAAAUGAAUUAAUUUUUAUAAUGAACAAUCCUAAUAUAAUUAUGGACAUGUACAUAUAAUGUAUGAAUUUUUUUAUUAUAAUGAUCAGUUUGGGGAAUAUUUACUAUCUUAAUGAAAGUUUGUAUCUAUUUUUCCAAAUAUUAUUUCUUAUAGGGAGAAAAAAAAGGACCAAUUUUUUUUUUAAUAUACUCUCUAUAUAAAAUAAGUAUUUUUUAAGUAUUAUAUAAUAAACAGGCUUUGUGUUCAUUUGCACUUAUAUAUAAAUAUAUUAAGUACUGUAGAGGUAAGUUUUUUUGUUAUUAAACUUCUAUUCUAUACUAUACUGAUUAAGAAGAUCUAAAGAAUUAUUGAUUUAAAAAUAUUGCUUCAUGUAAAAUGAUUUACUCUGUGAUUAGCUAUGUAAUUUGUAAAUUCCUUUUCUUUAUCCCUGGUCUUUUGAGAAUAAGAACUAAAUAUAGCCUUAUUAAAAAAAAUUAACUGUCAGGAGAAAUAUUUUAUUAAAAAUUCAUGUAAAAAAGAUGUUUUGAAGUUGUAAGUUUUUAUAUAAAAGUAACAAAAAAAGCCAUCAUUAUUAAUAAAUA